AUGUCUAAUAAACCAACACUUGUCUUGAUACCUGGAGCAUGGCAUCGUGCUGAGAUUUGGGGAAAAGUUACUUCACUUCUGGAGGAAAAACAAUACAAAUGCAUCCCAGUGGAACUGCCAUCCACAACAGGAAAUCCCGCCACGGGUUUCGGCGACGACAUCGAAGCUGUGCGAGCUGUCAUCUUAUCAGAGACUAAACAAGGACGCGAUGUGAUAAUAGUGGUACAUUCCUACGGCGGUGCAGUCGGUCAAAGUGCAGUCAAAGGCCUCACUCGUCGCAAACCAGACAAUCUUCAAUCCACAAACGAUCAAUCAACUGGUCAUGUAAUCGGCCUCGUUAUGAUGGCAUGCGGCUUUGGACAAACAGGAGUUAGCUUCAUUGACGCUAUUGGCGGAACACCACCACUACUAUGGAGAUUUGACGAUAGUGGUUUUGCUAUGUUAGAACUUCCAGCUAGAGAAUCGUUCUACCAUGAUCUACCUGAGGAUGAAGGUGAUUAUUGGGUCAGUAAGUUGACGAAGCAAUCGCAAAAGGUUUUGAAGGAGGGUGGUGAGUGGUCUUAUGCGGGGUGGAUGGAUUUGCCGGUUUGGUAUUUGACGACGUUGGAUGAUAAGACGUUUCCGCAAGAGGCACAGAAGAUGUUUGUGCAAAUUGCGAGGGAUGCUGGAGCGGAUGUUACGGUUAGGGAGGUUGUGAGUAGUCAUUCGCCGAUGUUGAGUAGACCGAGGGAGACGGUGGAUUUUAUAUUGGAGGCGGCUGCUUCUUUGGUCAAAUGA